ACAGAUCAGGAUGCGGUUCUACGGUUUAACUCUAUUGGCUCUUAGCUGCCUGGUGGCUUUUCCGGGCUCCACUGCUGUACAAUUGGCUCCGAUACGUGUGUUUUCUGCCAAUGGAACCCAAGCCAGUAACUUUGCCUUGGAACUGAGGGGCGUUAUCCGCCAGGUGCCAGUGGAUCAGCUCGAGAAACUGGUCCAGACCUAUUUGCUGAACGAUGCCGAGUUCCAGGGUUUGAUUAGAGUUGUUAACUCCCUGCCGGCCUAUCGAUUCAUCCGUCAAGUGGGAAACCAGCCGGAGGUCCGCCAGUUGCAGCAAUGGAUCACCCAACAGUUGAUCUUGUCCGGCGGUUCUCCUAAGAUCUUUGAGUACCUGGAACUGGAGAUUAAGAUCUUCAACAAGUAUCCCUACUGGUCACAGAUUGUAAGCGGCAUUCAGGGAUUCCAGCAGGAGUUUGUGCAGAUUUAUCCCGUGCAAUUGAUUCGUUCUUUGCUGGAACCCAGUUCCACCCAAACGAGUCCUCUUUUAUCCGAACUUUGGCGUCGUCUGGUGGCCUUGCGUCCAGUUUAUGAGAGGGUCAUAGCCUCACCUCAGGGCAAGGCCAUCACUGGAGAACUACAGAGAGUGGGUUUGGAUAUAAAUGGUGUGGAUUCAUUGAUACGCUAUCAAUUCGGCUGGAGCAAUGCCACUUGGGGUGUGCCCUCAUAUGACUAUUCAGAUAACCUGUAUUACUAGAAAGGAUAUAUCUGAAAUCGAGUAAAGGAUUACUGGAUAAACUACGACACUCGAAAAGAACGGAAACGAGUAUAUAUUGGAACGAAAAGUGUGACUUAUAUAUGCUAUCCUAUUUAUAUAUUAAACAGCAUCAUAAAUAUCAAUAUUAAACAUAUCAGUAAAAGUGAAAGUGCA